AAGAAUCUUGGAAAUUAACUUACAAAAACUGAAUUAAUUGAAAAUACAAUCUCACACAUUUCAAAAUUUUCCUGGAAAACUAAUUCAGGGAAAAUUUUGAAACUUAUUGCAUAUAAAAAGGAAAGCUAGAGGCUCAUUUUUCCAAAAUUUCAAUUUGUUUCAGUGAAAAUUAGCAACAUGAAGAAUUUUGGAAAUCAACCUACAGAAACUGAAUUAAUUGAAAAUACAAUCUCACACAUUUCAAAGUUUUCCUGGAAUACUAGUGAAGGCAAAAAUGUGAAACUUUUUGCAUGUGAAGAGGAAGAUUACAGUCUCAUUUUCCCAAAAUUUCAAAUUUUUCCAGUGGAAAAUACGAACAUGAAAAAUUAUGUAAAUCAACUUACAAAAACUGACAUAAUUGUUAAUACAGUCUUACAGAAUUCAAAGUUUUCCUGGAAAACUAGUGAACGGAAAAAUUUGAAACUUUUUGCAUGUGAAGAGGAAGAUUAGAGUCUCAUUUUCCCAUAAUUUCAAAUUUUUCCAUUGGAAAAUAACAACAUGAAGAAUCUUGGAAAUCAAUCUCCAAUAACUGAAUAAGUUAGAAAUAUAGUCUCACAAAUUUCAAAGUUUUCCUGGAAAACUAGUGAACGGAAAAAUUUGUAACUUCUUGCAUGUGAAA